AUGUGUUUUAGCGAUAUUAUAGAAUGGGGAGCCAACGUAGUACAAUGGUCUAAAGGAGCAUUCAGGAGUUCUCAAUCCAUUCCUCUAUCCAUGGACUGCAAACCCUCUAGAAUCACAUUUAGCAGCCGCAGACCUACAUGCACACCUCCAGGCUUUGUACGCUGGCCCAAUCUACGGCCCUUGGUCCUGCCUUGCAGGAUGCCCUUGUACACCAAAUACAACCCUACCACAACAAAAUUUACACCAACCAGGUCCUCUAAAUAUUACAAACACGUCCAGAGAUGGCGUGUCACCAGAAAGGAGUGGCUCAAGUUCACCUGUGGCAUAUGUUUUGGUUAA